AUGAUACACCAGAAACUGAGUUUAAGUGAAGCUCAAAAACACAAACGAUUGCGGCGAAGGGAUUCAAAGGUAGACAAAGAAAAAUCAGUGGCCAAAGACAAAGAAAAACCUGAAACGAAGAAGGACAACGAAGAGGACUGCAUCACCAUCAGUGACGAUGAAGAAGUUCGAGAACCUUCGAAUUUCACAGCCGCUGCUGGGAUGGGAGCAAAUGAAUUUAAAUCAAAAUAUAGGUCAGUCCGUAGUCUGUUCGGUGAGGAUGAAGCCUGCUACAUCAUGGACGCCAAGGUUCAAGGGAAUAUUGGAAGAUAUCUGAAUGUGUCGGUUACAACCACUUGUCUUGAUGGAAGUCUUACUAUUACACUGUGCAGAAAGGUUCAAAUGUCUUCAACGUCCUUAUUCCUGCAAACACUCAUCCAAGUGUAUCAACCCAGCACCUCCUUCGUUCCAACACUAACCGGUCUGUUCCCACUGCCCCACACCUCCUUCAUGCCAACACUAACCGGUCUGUUCCCACUGCCCCACACCUCCUUCGUUCCAACACCAACCGGUCUGUUCGCACUGCCCCAGCACUCGUGCAUGCCGAACGUGUUCGUUCAGAACGUGUUCGUGGACACGCACGACCCUCGCUUCCCGUGGGUGUCUUUCUUCGCUCUCCGCGCGGUGCGGGCCGGGGCCGAGCUCACGUGGAACUACAACUACGACGUGGGUUCCGUGCCCGGGAAGGUCCUCUACUGUUACUGCGGGGCCCCAACGUGUCGCGGCCGGCUGCUGUGA